AUUUUCAUUGUUGUAUAUUGCAGAGUUUGUAGAUGUAAAGAUUUCAUCUUAGAAAGAACGCUAUAAUCUAUGUUAAUAUCUUUUUUUUUUUUUUCAAUGUACACAUUUUGAUUAAAACGAUCUGAGAUUAAGAUUUUACAGUUUAGCGGAGAUGCACGUACGAACUUUAAGUGAAAAAUGUGAUCUCGGUGUACUGCCGGUGAUACGUUUCUUCUCACAGCUUCCAACCCUCCGAAGACGCUCCCUCGAGAGUUCGGAGAUUAGGGGUGGAGAGACUGCCACUCCAAAUAAACACUCCAACCCGAGUUCCCCUGUGUCGUUUCGUCUCUCUUUUAUAGAGAGAUAUCCUAUAUACAGAUAUAGCGGACUUACAGAAGAAGUCGCGUCGACGAGACACAGUAACAAAACGAGGCUGCCAAUUAACAUCGAAAUCCUGAAGCAACCCCAAUAAUUGGAAAAUGUCCGGAUUCGCAGCGGCGGGUCUCGUAGCCUUCGACUCCUUCAAGACUAAAGCGCAACUGAAAUUAUCUGAAUUUAGAAGGACUGGGCCCACUUACGAAGAAUUAGAUACUUCGCACCAGGGUAGUAAGGAUAAUAAAGGAUUCGUGGAUGAAAAAGGAUACAACAGAGAUGCCUCGGUGGAAUCACUUCCGGAACCAGAAAGACCACCAUUGCGACAUAUCGAUACCUAUUGUAUGCCAGAAUGCCCGUGUCUUUCAAAGAGGUACACCAUCGCCACAUUGGCUUGCAUAGGAUUUAUUAUCUCGUUCGGCAUGAGAUGUAACAUGGGCAUGGCCAAGUUGGUGAUGAAAAAUAGCACGGAGGGCGAUAACAAAACUUUCAAGUUCAACUGGACGGUUGGCAUGGAAAGCGCUCUUGAUUCGUCAUUUUUUUGGGGCUAUUUAGUGACUCAAGUGCCUGGUGGUUUUCUUGCAUCAUUAUAUCCCGCAAAUAAAAUUUUCGGUACGGCUAUCGCGAUAUCCGCCUUCUUAAAUUUGCUCGUGCCCGGUGCGCUCAAAGUGGAUCCUAUAGUCGAUAUGUGCGUGCAAGUAUUGAAAGGAUUAGUCGAGGGUGUUACGUAUCCGGCGUGUCACGGGAUUUGGAAAUAUUGGGCACCACCUCUGGAAAGAUCGCGUUUGGCCACGUUAGCGUUUUGCGGAUCGUACGCCGCAAUGGUGAUAGGCAUGCCGCUAUCCGGAUAUUUGAGCUCCUGGUUUGGUUGGACAGCGUCGUUUUAUUUUUACGGCGUAUGCGGUUUAAUUUGGUACGGGUUCUGGUUGUGGAUGGCCUUCGAAAAACCGUCGAAACAUCCAUGCAUUUCGAUGCGCGAGCUGCGUUACAUCGAGGACUCGCUCGGUCAGGGACAAGCCCAAAUGCCGGUGCCGACGCUUUCCACGACUCCGUGGGGAAAGUUUCUCACCUCGAUGCCCGUAUACGCCAUUAUCGUCGCGAAUUUUUGUAGAUCGUGGAAUUUUUAUUUACUGGUGCUCUUCCAACCACGUUUCAUGCACGAGUCCUUUGGCAUGCCGCUCGUUGAGACUGGAGUCAUUGGUUCGCUUCCGCACUUGCUGAUGACAAUGAUCGUACCCUGUGGCGGUUUGUUGGCGGAUCAUCUUCGCAAACGAGGCAUCAUGUCGACAACGAAUGUCAGAAAGGUUUUCAACUGCGGUGGUUUUGGUAUGGAGGCGCUUUUCUUCUUGGUGGUGGCUCACGCGACAACAUCCAAAAAUGGAACUGCAGCUACGGUCGCUCUCGCGAUCGGUGUUGCAUGUAGCGGUUUUGCUAUUUCUGGCUUCAAUGUCAAUCAUCUGGACAUUGCUCCCAGAUACGCUAGCAUAUUAAUGGGCAUGUCCAACGGGAUCGGCACUAUCGCUGGUCUUCUGGUUCCUUUCUUUGUAGAUAAUAUUACGGAGAAGAAGGACGCGCACAGUUGGCGAAAUGUUUUCAUCAUAGCAGCUUGUGUUCACAUUUUUGGCGUGACAUUUUACGCCAUCUUUUGUUCCGGCGAGUUACAACCGUGGGCUGAUCCUAAACUGGAAGAACAGAAAGCUUGGAAUCCCAUGGACGAGUUGAGCCAGACAGAACCACCUGUUCCAUCUCCGCCGAAAACCAUGCAAUCUGAAUUUAUAAAACAACCGUCUCUGGAUAGAGGUGUCAGCGAUGACUGGAGCACCCACGAACAGGCAGUACCUGAGAAUCACUUGUACGCCCAACAAGAUAACAAACCUUCCAGCGUGAUAAGCUACGGUUCGAUUGAGACUAAUAGCAACAAUCCAUUCCAUUCAACAAAUCCAUUUGUCAGCGACGUCAGCGCAUGCCUCGUGCAACCAGCAGCAACAGACGAUUACAUGCACGAUAUCGCGCAAAACGAGCAAUGGGACUAAUCAACUUCUGAAUAGAGCGAUCGGAUUUGAGAAUGGCGGACUACUUUUCCGAGGUUGUAGAUCAUUUGUAUCAUAACUAUGAGAGAAUCUAUCGGUUUCUCAGACAUGUCACGAUAGAAGAAAAUUGAUAGAAAUAAUAUCUUUUUUGGUUUCCUUGGUAAGAGAAAAAUUUAACUAAAGCUGAAUCGUCUAAAACGACGUCUUGCUUGAUUUAAUCUUAUCAAGCAAAACAAUAAAAUGCAAUAGAAUAAUAUACAAUUAAUCGAGAGAAAGAGAGAGAAAGAGAGAUGAUUAAUGAGUUUAAUUACUAAUAAUUAUGGCAUGUCUGAGAAGAAAGAGAGAUAGAGAAAGAGAGAGAAAGACCAUAUAUACUCUCUCUGUUCUACACAAAAUUUCGUAUAUCUCAAUAAUUUAGCAAUCUAUAAGUCACACACACACACAAGAAUAUAAUUAAAACGAGUGUGCAUUUUUACGUUAAAAAAUUUUUUUUGGGAGUACGUUAAAAAAAAAAAGAGAAAAAAUUUUCUGUAGUUCUUCUGUCGAGCGUAAUACCUGAAAGUGCAGAGAAUGAUGCUGUGAAUGAUUACUCAAUUAACUCUGGAAAUGACACUGAAGAGAUUUUUUACCUCACUGUGGGGUAAAGCUAAUAAUAUUUAUAAAAAAAAAGAGAGAAUCUCUCUAUUUAUAUUUACGUAAACAAAAAAACGACAAUAAGUUCUGUCACUCGUCACGUGUCUAAAACUUAUUUAUUGCUUCAAGGUUUUAAAACUUUUCGCAUGUCUUCAUUCUUUAUUCCUCAACAACUUUCACUUCUAAAAAACAACAAAUGAGAAACGGUCAAUCAACACCUUUUGAAACUGCAUCUUACAUCAUACACAAUUAACAAUAGUAGCCUAGAUAAAGAAAGCCUAAAAAAUUCUUUAAUUAACUUAUCAAAAUGUUGGAAUUGUUUGUAAAGAUAUACGAUGUAUAUAGUUAUAUACAAUUUUCGUCCUUAUUGAAAGUAUUUUCGCCUAUCUUAUCGAAAGUAUUAAUUGUAAGUUGUCUCGUUCUAGUGAGCAGAUCGAUAUACAUAUGUCUUGAAUCGACAAUAAUUCAAACCUUGGCAGACAAUAAUUCUCUUUACACAGACAAUAAAUAACGGCAAGGUUUGAGAAAAAUAGCGGCAAGCGUAAAAAGAAAAAUCUUUCUCGCGAUACGCGCGACAUCAGCUCAAUCGCUGAAACUUUUAGGUAUUUCCAAUUUUGCGUUACUUACAAUUAGUUAAUUACGCGUGACAAUAGCAAUAAAGAGAGUUUACGAAUUGACAUAACAACUCUCGCAUGUCAAAAUUAAAUUUAUAUAUUAAAAAAAAAAAAAAAAAAUCAACGCGUUCUCUUUAUAUCUUUACGCACAUUCAAAUAUAGUACAAUUAAAUUUGCGAUAACAAUAUUAUAGUAGCGAAUAUAUACACAUAAAAAGCUCAGAGUGAAAUAGAAAAGGAUAAACUAUAGAGCAAUUUAAUUACCGUUUUAUUCGUAUUUACAAAAGCAAAGAGUCAAAAACUUAUUUGGAAGACGGAUAAAAAGAAUUAAUUAUAAACCAUUUGUGCAUUCACGUACAAAUAGCAAUUUCAAUUUUUACGCGAGUUUGUUUUCAAUAACCGUUCGAAAUUUAAGUUAGCAAAAACAAAUGAAAGUAUAAACAAUUGAAAGUAUAGAGUGUAAUAAAUGAAAGUGUAAUAAAUGAAAGUAUAGCAAAUUGAAAGUUUAAAAGUCAUUUUAAAUAGACAGAUAUAUGAACGAAUAUACACAAAUUAAAAUCGCGAUUAAGAAUAAA